AUGGCUCUGCUGCUGGACAGCUCCCGCACCACGGCAGCCUACUACUGCCUGAUCCGCCGCAGGUUCAAGAGGAGGAGGAAGAAACGCUCCGAGCGCAAAGGUCGAGUAGGAGCUCGGCUACCUCGAAACCAACAGAGGCUGCUCACCAUAGAGGGGGACGAAGUGGAAAGCAUGAGUUCAUGCAGCACAGAUGUUAAGGAAAAUCGGAACUUGGACAACCUCUUCUCCAAAGAGGGGGUUGCAGCUGAGGCUGCUCAACUCCCCAAUGGGAGUGCUGGGGGUGGGCGGAAACGUCCCUUAGAGGAGGGCAAUAAUGGGCAUACACAUUCCAAGUACAGGCCCAAGAAGCGUAAGAAAGUCCCCGGACCCAUUUUGCCUAAGAAUGCCCUAAUGCAGCUGAAUGAGAUCAAACCAGGGCUGCAGUACAAACUGCUCUCUCAGACCGGGCCGGUCCAUGCGCCCGUCUUUGUGAUGACUGUGGAGGUCAACGGGCAGCUCUUUGAGGGUUCUGGUCCUACCAAGAAGAAGGCCAAACUGAACGCAGCAGAGAAGGCCCUGCGAUCUUUCGUCCAGUUCCCCAAUGCAUCUGAAGCCCACAUGGCCAUGGGCCGGACUCUCUCUGUUCACACGGACUUUACCUCGGACCAGGCUGACUUUCCAGACAUGCUCUUUAAUGCCUUUGAGACAUCCACUCCUGUAGAUGACCCGUUUUACCUCGCACCCAACAGUAAUGGUUCCUUCAGCUCAUUGGGAAUAGAGUACCCAUUGCUACCCUCCCCUGUUCCAAACCUGGUCCAGGCCCCCUUACCUCCAGCCCCCUCCACCUUCAUCUCCCCUACAAGCGGCAAGAAUCCAGUCAUGAUCCUCAACGAGUUGCGACCGGGCCUCAAGUAUGACUUUGUGUCAGAGAGCGGGGAGAGCCAUGCCAAGAACUUUGUCAUGUCAGUGACAGUAGAUGCUCAGAAUUUCCAGGGUUCUGGGCGAAACAAGAAGCUGGCCAAGGCCCGGGCUGCCCAGGCUGCUCUGUUCGCUCUGUUUAACAUGCAGCUGGAUCAGGCUCCAUCAAGACAGCCUAUACCCAGAGAAGGGCUGCAGCUUCACCUGCCUCAGGUCCUGGCAGAUGCCGUCUCCCGCCUGGUCGUUGACAAGUUCAGCGAACUGACGGACAACUUCACGUCUCCCCAUGCUCGACGGAAAGUGUUGGCGGGUGUCGUCAUGACAACAGGUACUGAUGUGAAGGAGGCUGAGGUCAUCUGUGUGUCCACAGGGACAAAGUGCAUCAAUGGUGAAUACAUGAGCGAUAGAGGUUUGGCACUCAACGACUGCCAUGCUGAGAUUGUGGCUCGCCGGUCGCUCAUCAGGUACCUGUACUCGCAGCUGGAGCAUUUUCUCAGUAACCAUGAAGAGGAGCAACACAAGUCCAUCUUCACCAGGUGUGACAACAGACAAGGCUUCAGACUGAAGGAAAAUGUCCAGUUCCACCUGUACAUCAGCACUUCCCCCUGUGGAGACGCCCGCAUCUUCUCUCCCCAUGAAGCUGGAGUGGAGGAUCAGGGAGAUAGACACCCGAACAGAAAAGCCCGUGGGCAGCUCCGCACUAAAAUUGAGUCGGGUGAAGGAACCAUCCCAGUACGCUCCAGUAACACCAUUCAGACGUGGGACGGUGUUCUUCAGGGCGAGAGGCUGCUCACCAUGUCCUGCAGUGACAAGAUUGCUCGGUGGAACGUGGUUGGAUUCCAGGGCUCUCUGAUGAGCUACUUCACUGAGCCCAUCUACUUCUCCAGCAUCAUUCUGGGCAGCCUGUACCACGCCGACCACCUCUCCAGAGCCAUGUACCAGAGGAUUACUGAGAUCGAGGACCUUCCGCAGUCCUUCAGCUUGAACAAACCGCUGCUCAGCGGGAUAAGUAAUGCAGAGGCUCGUCAGCCAGGGAAAGCACCCAACUUCAGUGUGAACUGGACGGUGGGAGACCAAGGCCUAGAGGUGAUCAACGCCACCACAGGGAAAGAUGAUCUGGGUCGACCCUCCAGGCUCUGCAAACACGCUCUCUACAGCCGCUGGAUGCGUCUGCACUGCAAGCUUUCCUCCACCCUGCGGAUCAGGGUAGUGAGGCCCAGCAUCUACCACGACGCCAAGCAGGCAGCAGUGGAGUACCACAGCUCCAAGCAGACACUCUUCAGAGCCUUCCAAAAAGCCGGACUGGGCGCCUGGGUGAAGAAACCUAUAGAGCAGGACCAGUUUGCACUCAACACCUGAGUUAGCACUGGGCUGCCGGUGGUGGGGGUCUUUGACAGAAAACACACAGACUGCUCGCGUUUCUUUCUGAACCAGUUUCAGUGGUGGAAUAAUUUUCCUUUGGAUUGUUAUGGACUGGACUGGUGUUACUGGGAAGAAAGAGGAUGUCAGAACCCAUGGAUUUAACAUUCCUCCUUAAUUUUUAUAGCCUCAUGCUACUCCCCCUCAGCCAGCACUACACAUAAAUAAAAGAUUAUUCAUUGGUUAUGCAACUUUAUACAAAGGACAAAUGUAAAAAAAGACUUUGGGAAUGGAAACUUGUAAACAGCAUUGUUAGUUAAAAUGGCACUUGUUUAUAUAAGAAUAGUGAUAUAUUCAUUUUGCAUGUAUGAUUAUACCAAAUUCAUAGGAAGUCUACAGUAAAAGGUUUGUUAUCAUGUCAGUAUUGUGAUCUCAAAUUAUCAGUGUUGUGAUAACUCGAGAAUGUCCUCCCACAGAUUGUAAAACUGUGUUUUAUCUGCUCUGUUGCAGUUCGUUGACUGCAAAUUUGAGGCGACAAGGAUAUUUUAUUUUAUUUUAAGCUGAGGAUACGCCUCCUCCAAUGUCUAAAAUUACAGAAAUUGUUCUCUAUGGCAUUAAAAGAUUCACAUUCACAGCUCCUUCCAUUUCUUAGGUACUGGGAAGGUCAACACAAUUUUAAUUCCAUGUGAUUCUUAAGUAUGGUGGACUUGCCUAUGCUGUUCUUGUUCAAAAUUUCUUCUACACUGUAACUGAGUAUCCGUCCAGACUGUAAAAUAACAUAGAUGGAGUGUCUGUGGCAUCACACACAGGUUUCUGAAGAGGUAUUUGAAAGGCUGUGCUGCUAUCUUGCCAGAAAAUAUAAAUGUGGUCCAAGGGGAGAAAACCUGGGUACAAUUGACAACCACCAACUGUCUGUGAUAGGCUGACACACCUGUCAAUCGAAGAAAUAUGAUCUAAAACAUUGUUCUGUUUAACUAGAAGUACCAUAGACUAUGCCUUUUUUAAUCUACGGUCUUGUCUAUACUUUUAUUCUCGUUAAACAUCAAGUCGACAUUUCACAUUUAGUCAAGAACGUCCAAACGCCCAGAGAUUUCUUGCUUUGUCCAUUUUAUCCAUAACCUGACUUGUUACACAGAGCGGUCUGGGACAGCAUUGGUGGAAACUGUUUGGAAAAGGGAAGGCACUUUCAAAAAGUACUUUGCAAGUGAUUGGAUGAACCAUCUGUCACGUGCAAACUUCAACCAAUAAGAUCAACGAACCAUUAAUGUAAUAAUUAAUUAUUAAUUUUAAUUUGAUUCUCAAUGUGGAAUGGAAUAUAAUAUUUAUAUGUAUGUUUUCAUAAGUGUCAUUAGUCAUUAUUGUAGAAUCACCUGAAAGUAAGAAUCGUUGUGUUUUUGUUACCUUAGCGGUUUGAUUGGUUGCAAUCUUCUUGCCACUUGAUGCCACUAAAUCCUACACACUGGUCCUUUAAGCUCUCAGCCGUGGUAGUUGGUUCAGAUUGAUGCGUCAUGUAGUUUGGUUUUCAAAGCAAAGGAAUUGCUGUUUAUCAGAUGUCGCAUCUGUCUUUUCAUACCCUUUAACCCUCUGCAGUUUCCUCUAGGGUGACACCAAACCGAUGCAGUUGCAGACAGCUGAAUAUGAAUAGCCUCGUUCACAUGUAACCAAACAAAGGAAACACUCCAUUUUAACACGCCCUAAAACAUCUGUCCUUAUAAGAGCCCUGUUGCACUAGAUCAGAGGUACAACCCUUAUGCAAUGAUCUCUCCUACACUGAUAGUCUGUAUGCAGUAACCACAGUAAACCCUGCUAGUGUUGUUGCUGUCACUAUUGCCGCCAGUAAAAGCUCACCAAAGAUGAUGUCAACAUCUGUCAAACUGUUAAAAUGUGUUCUUUUCUGUGUCGUUUUCCACGCUUUCAGAUGUUUUUAUUAUUACUGCCUCGACAAACCUUGUAUCUCAAACCAUUCAAAUGUACGUUUGUGAAGAUGUGUGAAGUUUUGUGUGUAAUGUUCUACUCUUUUAAAACCAAACAAGACAGAGUCACAAAUCACCUGUUUCCUCUAUAGCAAAUGUAAAUUUUAACUGUCAAAAAUUUAAUUUUCUAAAUUCUUUAUUUUGCUGUGAAAC